AUGUCUGAGAGUUCGCCUCAGGUGAGACAAGGAAAUGGUCGUUUUUUAAAGAUUUACGGAGAGAAAAAUGAAUUUUUUCGUGUUUGUUUGGAUAGAAUGGCAGUAGUUUUUUCGGAAUUAAGGAAAAAAGAUCGGCAUUUUUCCUGUAAAAUGCGGACAUUUAUGACAUUUUCGAGAAAAUAGGAAAAAUAUAUGGUAGCCGGGAUGACCAAAAAGCCGCCCUAAAAGGGCCCGAAAAGACAUUUCAAGCGGCUAUUUUGCUCCUUUUUGUUCUAAUUUUUCUAAAAAACCGAUUUUUUUGAUAUUUUUUUGUAGCGUUUAACUAAUCCUUAACGUUCGUUUUUUACAGAAAAAUUACCCAUUUUGUUUGUUUCAAUCCAAAAAAGUAUCCCUUUUUUUGAUUUUCCAGAAAAUUGUCCUUUUUGAGUUUCUGCAUAGGCGAAGUCGGAAAAGGCUCUAUAUAGAUUUUCCUUUUUUGCUGAUUUUUUGCGGCCUUUUUGGAGCCUUUUUGGAACCUUUCUGCAGCCUUUUUCCUGCCUUUUUCCUGCCUUUUGCAGCCUGUUUGGUGCCUUUUUGCGGCCUUUUUAGUGCCUUUUUUUUAGCCUUAUCUCUUUUUCCUUUUCAGCAGCCAUUAUCCACCUUCCCGACUUUAGACGAGUGGAUCUUUAAAAUACGAACAGUUCUCUUAAAAUAUUCAGGAAACCCCCGAUUUUUCCAGAUGAUGAUCACCAAGGAUUUGUUGGUCUGGAUCAACGAAAGUCUCCCGAAUUUGGAUCAAAUCGAGCUCCGACAGUGCUUUUUCGACAUCGGAGCCUUGGAAUAUUGUAAAUUAUUCAUUUUUUGGGUCAUUUAUUGGAAAAUGAAAAUUUUUAAGUCUUAAAAAAAGGUGCAAAAAAGCUCCUUUUUUUCUCAAAUUUUCAAAAAAGGGCCCCAUUUUCUGGAAUUUCAUCAUGACCUCAUUCUUUCCAAAACCCUAAAAAAAGAAAUUUCAGCAAAAAAAUUUUUUUAAGGCUUUUUUUAGCACCUUUUUAGGUAACUCGUAACGGAAAUUUCUAGGAAAAUGAAUCGAUUUUAAUCAAAAAAAUAUUUGAAAUUUCGAAAUUUCUAGUCGUGAUUUUUUUGUCGAUUUUUUUGAAAAAAAUUAAAUUUUUUUAUUUUUUUAAUGGUUUCAUGUGCAGUUUUGAAAGUGUUGAAAGUUCUGUCAAUUUUUUGGCCAGAAAGGAAUUUUUUUCGUUGAAAAAAAGCUUUAAAAAAAUCUGUUUUUCACUUUUUAAGUGCUUUAUAUUUUUUUAGUGAUCUCAACGGAAUGCGGCUUCCAACAUCGUUACAGAAGCCUGCUGAUGGAAGGAGUUUGGGCCAGGAAUGACCGGGUCGAAAAUCGGGUCCCCGAACUUUCGGUUGGUUUUCGAAUGGGUUCAAGAAUGAAAUAACCAAAAUGGAUAUUUUAAAAAAACAAGGACUGUUUUUGGAAUCUGUUCUGUAGAAAAUGACCCGGAAAUUAGCGUUUUUUUCUCUGAGAAAAAGGGUCAAAAAAAUGGGUCGAAAAUGGACGAUUUUUUUGAGCUAUUUUCAUCUCCAACAUCAUCUCUCUACAUGAAAAAUUAUUUUUUUCUGAAUUUUUAUUGGUAUUCAGUUUGAGCUCAUUCUGAUAGAAAAUCGGUUUUACGCGUUUUUUGUCUAAAAUGAACCAAAUAUUCAUCUUUUCCAGGAAAAAUAAGCAUCCCUUUAAAAGACGGCUUCCAAGAAUUGAGCUUUGUGAAUUUUUUAUCCCUUCCUGAAAAAAGGAAAAUGACCGUUUUUGAAGAUUGAUCCGAUUUUAAAAAUUUGAAGAGUUUUCAUAAAAAAAUCAAGCUUUUUCAGCGUGCUACAAUUAACCGAAAAAUUAGUGUUUUCCUUCAAAUUUCAACUUUUUUUCUGAUUGAAGAAAAAAAUGCUUUUCUGAAGAUAGAUUCGGGUUGGAAAAAGACAUUUGAAUUUUAUUCAUUAAUUUUUUUGUAGGUAUCACAUUUUUUUCUGUGUGCAAUGAUGAACUAAAAAAAUCGGCCUUUUUUUCUUCCAAAAAAACGGCUUCUAAAAAUUCAAUUUUUUUCAAGUUUUUUUCGAGUUUCGGACGCUUUUUGGAAUAGAUUUCGGUUCAAAAAAACUGAACUUUUAAGUUUAUUCAAUAUAUUUUUAUUAAUAUCGAAUUUUUUUCAGCAUGCUAUAAUUAUUCAAAAAUCGGCCUUUUUCCUUCAAAAAAACGGAAAAUUCAAUUUUUCAAGUUUUUUCGAAUUUCGGACGCUUUUGGAAUUGAAUUCAGUUCAAAAAAUGAAUUUUUAAGUUCAUUCGAAAUAUAUUUAUAUUAAUAUCAUAUUCCCAGCGUGCUAUAAUGAACCAAAAAUCAAUGGUUUUUUUCAAAAAAGGGCUUCUAAAACCCAAUUUUUCAAGUUUUUUCGGUUCUAAAUUAACGGAGAGAAGAAUUUUGGACGCUUUUGGAAUCAUUUCGGUUCAAAAAAGGAGCUUAUAAGGUUAUUCUAAAUUUGAAGAGUUUUCAUAAAUAUCAAACUUUUCAGCGUGCUACAAUGAACCAAAAAUCAAUGGUUUUCUUCAAAAAACGGCUUCUAAAAAUAUAAUUUUAUGCUUUUUUCAAAUCUUACUUAUUGAAAGAAGGAAAAAAAGGUCGUUAUUUGUAGAUAUAUGUAUUUUUCGAAAAACUUUGUCCAAAAAUUUGUGAAUUUUCAGCGCGCCUUGGUCGGAAAUCGCGUGAGAAAACUGGAAUUGUGGGCAUUUUCGCCUCGUUUUGCCGCCGGACCAAUCAGAGACCUGCUCUUGGAACAGAAACGAUCUCUCGACGUCGUCAAUUUGAACUUUAACAAUAACGAUGAGUAAGUUUUGAAAUCGUCCGAAAAAAUCGAAUUGGAUAGGAUUUUGCAAUGUAAACUACAGUAGAGGAGACUUGAAGAAAUAUUUUGGUUAAAUUUAUUUUUUUUUCAAAUUUGUAGAUAUAAUUUUUCAAGCAAAAAAGGCUUUUUUUCAACCUUUUAGACCAAAAAGGACUUUUCUCAGGGAUUUCAGAGUGGUCCCUAUAGGGUUUAGCGGAAAAAUAGCCCUUAUAGGGGGCGAAAAAGUGGUCCCUAUAGGGAUUUAGGGUCUGACCCCUUGACCCCUAAAGCUUAAGUGGUCCCUAUAGUUUUAUUCAAAAAAGAUUUUUUUUUUUGGUUUUUGGCACAUAAAAGUUAUCGAUAGGGACCACUUUUCCAAGCUCUAGUGGCCCCAAUAGGGGUUGGUAAAGUGGUCACUAGAGGGGCCCUUCAAAGAUUCCAAAGGCUGUCCCUAUAGGAACCACUCUGGAGUUCCUAAGCUGAAGAAUGUUUAUUUUCAUUUUUUUAAGCUUAAAAAGGCUAUUUUGAACCUUUUUUUCGCCUAAAAAAACUUUUUUUGAUUUAAUUUUUUUCACUUCCAAAACUGUAGUGAAUAUAAGAAAGAACUUUGAUUUACAAAAACAACUUUAAUCAAAAAAAGAAUUUAAAAAAAGGCCGUGUCACACCGACCAGGGAAUGAUAAGUUUCACUUUAAAAAUUAUAAAAAAAUGAGUUUUUUUCGGACGCUUAAUUUCUUUAUUCUCACCUGCUAAUUUGAAAUAUACGAAAAAAAGGGAAGGCCAUAAUUUUUUUCUUUUUUUUCUCAAUAAACGAUUUUUUUAGAUAUCCAUUUCUGGUAUUUUCUUCCAAUCUUUUAAAAAAUGAUCUUAUCAAAAAGUUUCAAAAAAAUAUUAUAUCGACAGGAAAUGUUACGUUUCAAUAGGAAAUUAUAAGAAAUGAAAUUUUUUUGAACGUUUCUGCUCCUUUUUUUUCCUCUGCUAAUUUGGAAUAAAUGAAAAAAAGUGGAGGUUAUAAUUUUUAAUUCAUAAUUGGAUUUUUUUCUUCUUAUUUUUCUAGAAAAGUGUGAGAUUCGGAAAAAAAGUUUUCAAGGCUUUAAGAAGGGUUUUUUUACCGAAUUUUUUUUCAAAUAUACAACAUUUAAAAAAAGUAUUCUUUUUCACUUUUUUUCUCAAAAGGCGAUUUUUUUAGAUAUCCAUUUCUGGUAUUUUCUUCCAAUCUUUUUAAAAAAUGAUUUUAUCAAAAAAAGUUUCAAAAAAAUAUUAUAUCGACCAGGAAAUGUUACGUUUCAUUAGGAAAUUAUAAGAAAUGAAAUUUUUUUGGACGGUUCUGCUCUCUUUUUUUGGUCUGCUAGUUUGGAAUAAAUGAAAAAAAGUGUAGGUCAAUUUUUUUCAUUCAUCAUUGGAAUUUUCUUCUUUUUUUCUUCUUUUUUUGAACUUCAAAUUUGGGUUUUUUUCUUCAAGCUUUAAAAAAAUUAUUUUUUUUCCAGGAAAAAGCUGCAAAUCAUCACAUUAAAAAGCGUUAAUUAUGACGUUUUUUUCUUAAUUUUUUUCCCCAUUUUUUUGGUUUCUUUGUGAAAAAAAUUAUUCCCACCGAAAAAAAUCCAAUCCAAAUCCAAAUCAAAAAAAUUGUCCUUCAAAUUUUUCGUUCCACAGGUUUUUUUGGUUAUGUAGUUGAAAAAGAUUAACUUUCAAAGUUUUUUUCUUUUCAUUUUUUUCUUGAGUUGAAUUUUUUUCGAUCUGAAACGCUCGGAAGAUCAUGGUUUUCUUGAAAAUAUAAUUUUUUUCUAAUAAUUAUUAUUCUAAAAUAAUAAGAAUUUCUAGUAGAAAUUUAAUAUUUUCCCUAUAUUUUUUUUCAGCGUCCGGGAAGGCCUGAAACUGGUGGAAGACCUGAACAAACAGUGCAAUUCGAUGGAACUCCGUUUCCUGGAAAGAAAUCAGGAAAAUCCGAUCGCUUUCCGGAUCGGAAAAUGUCGGAUUGAUCGAUCCAAGGUAUUGAAAACAGAAAUAUUGGGACUUUUAGAGGAAAAAAUGGGGCAGUUAUUGAUGAAUUUGUUCCUAGGGGGAGGGAUUCGUGAAUAUUCUCUCAGAAGAAGGGUUUUUUUCAGCUCUUGAACACUUGAAAAAUAGAUUUUUUUGAGUGAAAUUCAAAAAAUACAAUUUUACAAGUCCUACCUUUGAACAGUGAUAUUCAGAAAAAAAUCUACUUUUUGAAAUUUUUUUCUUGAAUUUCUUAACUGUCAAUUUAUAGUAGAGAAAAAAAAAAUCAAUUUAUUAGCUUGUGGAAAAUUCUCAUUUUUUCUUGACUAGAUACUUGAGUAGUGGCUUGUAAAAUAAAAUCGAUGAUUUCAUAGUUUUAAAAGUAAUUAUUUGGUAAUACUCGGUCCAGCAUAAUUUUCUGGAAAAAAGCUUCUAUACUCCGUUUUUCGCGACUUUUCUGCCCCCUCCUUAUUUUUAUUAUUUUUUCCGGACCGGUGAGACGCAGACAAGCGAACAUUUUCACAGUGUUCCCAAACGAGCGGCAGCUGUGGUCAGUAGGCGUGGCUGACUGCAACAGCGGCACGGUUUAUUGUAAUAGGGGCGCGGGAAUGAGAGUCAAGUUUUGUGGAUUUAGUGGUUGGAAAAAGACCAUUAAACGAUGUUUUUCUUAGGUUCUCGCGAGUUUUCGAAGAUUUUUUUAAUGUGUAUAUAAUUAUAACGAACAAAUUUAAAUGAAAAAAAGAGACGAAAAAAAGUUUUUGCAAAACAAAAUAUCUCCCAAAAAUGUCGUUUUUUUAGGAAAACUCGUCAAAUCGAACUUCCAAAGGGAAAAAUUGAGAAAAAAAGCUCAAAGCACUUCUCUUAAGAAAUACCACUUGAACGUUUUAAAAACAAAAAAACAGAUACAUAAUAGCUUGUGCGAAUAAAGUUGUCACCCAAAAUGACAUUUUCAAGAAUAAAUUCGUCGAAUACUGCCUCGAAAAAAAUUUUUGAGAAAAAAAUCUCACAGCGUUUCUCUUUAGAAAGUCCAUUUGAAAAACUCUAAAACAAAAAAACAAACGAAAUAUCUUAUGCGAAAUAAGUUGUCAUCAAAAAUGUCAUUUUAAUGCAAAUUUCUGUGACGAGAACAAUCGAAAAAUCACUUUCAAAUCUCUGGAAAAACGCGAUAAACACGUUUUAAGAACACAUACAGCGUGAAAAAAAUACGAAAGAAUGGUAAAAUACGCAAGAAAAAAAGAGAAAAAAACCGUAUUAAAAAGUGAAUGAAAUUUUGUGGGGGUGACACGCGCCGCACCGCGUUGCGUUAGAAAAAACUCGCGUUUUCGCCCCAUUGCGACGACCUUUUUUUUCGCUUGCCGCCGUCUCUUUUGGAACACUGUGUUUUCGGUUACGGUGUAUUAUGAAAAAAAAAAAGUCAAGUAUUUGUUUUUUUUCAGCUCACCGGCCUUCACAUCAACACUUCCUGCAAAUUCCGUCAAAAUCUGGAAGAUAUGGGCCAACUUUUGCAAGGUUUGAUUUUGGUCGAAAUUAGGAGUAUAUGAUAGAAAAACUGAGAAAUUUGAGCCGCGGAAAAAAUGGCUCAGAAAAAAUUAGCGAAAAUUCGGGUUUUCAAGAUGAUAUAGUGUAUCGGAGUCCACAAGUCUUCUUACAAAUCGUUUCAAAAAAAAAAAAGAUCAUUUUAGGAGAAUUUUUGGUUUUUUUUCUAACUUAAAAUCUCCAGAGUGGUCCCUAUAGGGACGAUCUUAGGAGCCCUUGGAAGGUACCCUCUAGGGGCCACUUUACCAUCCCCUAUAGGGGCCAGUAAAGCUUGCUAAAGUGGCCCCUCAAGGGGUUUUAGUUGUUGACCCCUAUAGUCGCCACUUGAGCUUGCAAAAGAGGUUCAAGUUGGUGACCCCUACAGUGGCUGCUAAAGCUUGCAAAAGUGUUCCCUUUAGGGGAUUCUAUGCGAAGAAGCAUUUCCAUGCGAAAAGUUGAAAAAAAAAUAACAUUUUUGAUUGAAAUUAAACGACCCCUAUAGGGACCACUUAAGCUAAAGUGACCAAUCCUAAACCCCUAUAGGGACCCCUUCUUAACAAGUUCUGCAGAGAUCCCACGAGUAGAAUAAAAAUAUGAUUUUUUUGAUUUUUCUCGGCGGCUAUUUUUUUCACAUGCUCAAAAAAAUAGUCACAAAAAAAUGAUAAAAAAAGCUUAGAAAAAAAUUAUUUUUUUGUUUUCGAUUAAUUCUGUUUCCAGAACUUCCCCACAUGACGGAGCUUCUGGAGCUGAAACUGACCGGCCGAUGGAGCCGCCCGAGUUUGACGGAAAUCAUGGCCAAAGCGGUCGUUCAACUGAAAAAAUUGAAGAUUUUCUGGUUGACGUCAGUUUUUUUCAUUAAGAAGAUUUAGUAGAAAAAAAUCUGAAAACCUCAAAAAAAUUGAAAAAAAGGGAAAAAAAGUUUUUUUUAGGAAAAAAAUUAUAGAUUUUCACCUUCAAAAUGAGCGACUUUUACGAUUUUUCAGGAAAAUUUACGGUAAUUUCUCAAUUUUUUGCUUGCUAGGGUGAUUUUGAGACCUUUAACUCAAGAAAAAUCAAAGGAAUGACCUUUUUUUCAACUUUUUUUGAAAAAAAUUAUAGCGAAAGUUUUUUUCAAUGGUAAUUAUCACUGAAAAAAACUCGGAGAACGGUUUUUUUCAAAAAAAUUUCCGAUUUACCUCGACUUACUGCUUCAAAAAGACGAACUUGACUUUUUUUAGUUUUGGAAGAUAUUCGAGUUAUUUUGUUGGCCAUUAAGGGAAAAAUUCAGAUUCUCACCUUCAAAAUGAACGAUUUUUUUCAGGAAAAAUUUACGGUAAUUUCUCAGUUUUUUUGCUUGCUGGGAGGAUUUUUAAGACGGUUAGCUUGAAUAUUUCUACUGGAAAAAUUGAGAAAAAUACACUUUUUUUGGACCUUUUAAAAAAAUUUAUAGUGGUAGUUGUUUUUUUCAAUGGUAACUUAUCACUGAAAAAAACUCGAAAAAAACUGUUUUUUUCAAAAAAUUUCCGAUUUACCUUACUUUACUGCUUCAAAUGACGAAUUUAACAUUUUUUUAGUUUUGGAAAAUAUUCGGGAACAUCUAGAUUGGCAUUUCUUAAUUUUUAUAAAAAGAUCUACAAAAUCGAAAAAUUUAAGAAAUUUUGCUUUUUAGGCACUUUUUUUUGUCUUUUCAUUAAAUAAAGGCUUAAGAUUAAAAACUUCUUUUUAGUACUCAAUUUUAUUUUUAAAUAUCCUUAAAACCUUCAGAUCGGACCAAAAAGUCGUCGAAGAACUCAACUACAUGGUGGCCAAUUUGCCGAUUUCCCUCGAAGAAAUCAAUUUCGACGAGAUUUCCAUCAGACCUGAGUCGUUCAUCGCAGCCAGCAAGGUACUGUAACAGUAGGCUUUCCUCUUGAAUUACUGUAGUUACAGAAAGGCCUGAGCCCGAAGAAGUUGUCCCUGACGAGGAAUCGGUACAAGCAAGCCGCGAAGUUCUUGGAUUUGGUCAGUUUUGAGGGGAAUUUUAGGAAGGGGGGGUUUAAGAGAAGGGGGGUUUUAAGAGAAAAAGGAGCCCGAUUAAGAAAUUUAAGAAAAAGACUCGGCUGUCGCCAGUCAUGACCAGCCCAUGUAUGCUCAAGACUACCUUCCUGAGGUGGAAGCUCAUUUUCGUAGGAAGGGGGGUUGUGCUGGAGAUGGUACUACUUCUUGAGAGGGGGGGCGGAUUUCAGUUUUAUCACGAUAACAGGGAUAAUCAGGGGGGAUUGUGCUGGAGAUCAUGCUCUAAGUUUCAGAAGGAGAGGGACCACAAAAAAAGGAUCUUUUUUUCUUUUUACGCCUUUGUACCCCUUUAGGAGGGGGAAAGGGGGUUGUGCUUGAGAUCGUGCUACCUCUUGAAGGGGGAGGGGGUAGCGGAGUUCCCUCACGAAAAACAGUGAUGAUCAGUGGGCUCUUUCUAGUUACAUAUCCAUCCUUGUGUGUGACGGCGGCAGGGAGGGGGAGAAUUUCCUUUCCGAAAUUCCUUAAAACCCCUGGUCGCGACGGGAAUCGAACUUGUAAUCCUUAGGACCGAAAACACCUAAAAAAGAAACCAUAGAAUAAAUGACCGAUUCCAGGUGCCCACCUACUUCCCGCUGCUGGAAGAACUCCGAACCGACUGUCUGGGCUCGGUGACUUUCCUCCGUCGGAUGUCUGCCAUGCGGAAUCUGUCUAUUCUCGAAUUCACUACCAAGGAAUUCGUGACCGCCGCUUUGGAACGAGAAGUGGGAGAUUUUCAGAUCUUGUAGGAAAAAGAGACGGAAAAAAUGUAUUUUCAAAGUUUUGUAAAGGAGAAAUGGAUACUGAAGAUGUAGAUUAAUGAAAACUAAACCUUAAAAAGAAUUUAGGCGAGUUUUUGACCACAGGAACAAGAAUUUGGAGUUUUUGAGAUAUUUAUCAAUGAAAAAUGAGUGAAGAAAAGAUUUUUGGCAAGUUUCCAAGCUAAAAUUGAAGAUAGGAAUGACUCAGGCCCCCUUAUCGUUCCAAAUAAGUGCUGAAACUGAGCAAAAAUGUUUCGCAAUAUGACUUGGGUGGCACAAAAUGAAAACUAUGGCUUCAGAACGUCUAAACCUCCAAUUUUAGCACAGUAUUUCGUGGUAUUUGUUUCAAGCCAGGGUUGAAUGAACUAUAAUUGAAAAGUUGGUCAAAAGCGUCAGAAAAAAAAAAGUUGAAAAGAUAAAAAUUAGAAUAAGUUCAAAAAAACUUCUUAGGAACUCCAGAGUUGUCCCUAUAGGGUCGACCUUAUUGACCCUUGAAGGUCCCCCUCUAGGGACCACGUUUAGCUUCCCCCUAUAGCACAGAACUUGCUAAAGUGGUCACUCUAGGGGUUUAGUUCAAAAUAAAAUAGCGGGAGUGAAUUUCAACUUUCAAUCCAGGACAAAAACUUAUAAGAUCCCUAUAGGGACCACUUAGAGACUUAGAAAACGAAAUUAUAUCAAAAAUCGUGUGAAAUUGGUUCAAAAAAACUUCGAAGACCACUAUAGGGACCACUUGAGCUUUUAAAGCUAGAGUUCAGACCCUAAACUCCUCCAGGGACCACUUUUUGUCCUUUUGUAGAGGAUUUGUUCCCUAACCCUCUAGGGACCACUCUUGUAAGUUUUAUGUAUCCUUUUCUCUCCAUUGAGAGAGAAGAGAGCGCAGACAUGUUAGAGACGGGGAAAAUGAAAUUUUAUCGCAAAGCCGUGUCAAUUUAAUUCAAAAAAAAACUUCGAAGACCACUAUAGUUACCACUUGAGCUUUAUAAACUUAAAGGUCAGACCCUAAACCCUUCUAGGGCUUACUAUUUUGUCCUCUUGUAGGGGAUUUUCAUCCUAACUCCUCUAUGGACCACUCUGGCGUUCCUAAGUGUUUUGUAUCCUCUUUUUUUCUGACCUUAUCACUGAGAGAGAAGAGAGCGCAGACAGGUCAGAGUUGUGAAGAAUGAAGUUUUAUCGAAAAAUCGUUAAAUUUAAUUCAAAAAAAAAACUUUAGUGACCACUAUAGGGACCACUUGAGCUUUUAAAGGCUCAGGGGUCCGACGCUGAACCCCUCUAGGGACUACUAUUUUGUCCUCUUGUAGAGGAUUUUCAUCCUAAUCCCUAUAGGGACCCCUCUGGCGUUUCUAAGCUCUCUGCGCCCUCUUUUUCCCUGUCAGUGAGAGGGAAGAGAGCGCAGGCAAGUUAGGGACGUAGAAAAUAAAGUUUUAUCGAAAAAUCGUUAAAUUUAAUUCAAAAAAAAAACUUUAUUGAACACUAUAGGGACCACUUGAGCUUUAUAAGCUUAGGGAUCAGACUCUAAAAUCCUAUAGGGACCACUCUGGCGUUCCUAAACUCUCUGCGCCCUCUUUUCUCUCGUUCUCGCGCACUCUUUUCACUGUCAGUGAGAGAGAAGAGAGUGCAGACAGGUCAGAGAUGUAGAGAAUGAAGUCUUACCGUAUAAUUUUACAGCUGAGACUUGUCUUCCACUACGUCAAAUGCGAACGUCUCUAUUACCGAUGGAACGUCACUCGUUUGUUCUUGAAAUAUAGGUAAACUCCAAAAAAUCCAAUGGAAAAGGAAGGAAAAAAAGCGAUUUCAGGACCAGUUCGGACUUUGGGAUUUUCGACCGUAAUGAGCGGGAGAAGCACGAGAAAAGACUGAACGAGCUCUUCAGCCAAACUGUCCAUCCGCCCUGCCGAGUCAAAGACGAUUGGCAUUCGAGUAGUAGUAGUAAUUGA